GAUAGAUGUUGCCUCAUUCAUCUCAUCUUCAAGUUCUACAUGGACAAAGUGUUCAGGCAAUGUGAGACAGAAAAUCUUCACGUCAAUCGGAAAAUAAGUGGCAUAGCCAACUCCUUCCUCAGCACAGAAAAGCAACUCAGACAAUGUGAAGACCACAAUAUUUGCAACUGUGGAGAAUAUGCAAUGAACAAAUUUAAGCAGAUUAUCUCCAACUAUGAGCAGAUGGAUGUCACCUCUGCUGCAACUAAAGCCCUUGGAGAACUGGAUAUUUUACUUGAUUGGUUGGACGCAUAUUAG